AUGACUCAAAUUUCAGAAUUUAUCCUCUUGGGUUUUGGAGAUCUCCAUGGACUUCAAUUCUUUCUUUUUGGGCUAUUUCUGACCAUCUAUAUUUUGACUCUCAUGGGCAAUAUUGUAAUUCUAACCGUGGUAUUAGCUGAUAAUUCCCUCCACACACCCAUGUAUUUCUUUCUUGGUCACUUCUCCUUCCUAGAAAUUGGCUACACCACUACCAUUGAGCCUAUGAUGCUAAGGACACUGCUCUCAGCUCAUGAGCCCAUUUCCAUCUUAGCCUGUGCUUGUCAGUUUUACUUUUUUGCUGCCAUGGUGGCUACAGAAUGUUUUUUCUUGGCUGUAAUGUCUUAUGAUCGCUAUAUAGCCAUCUGUAACCCACUACAUUACACCAGCAUCAUGGACUACUGGGGUUGCUUACAACUAGCUGGCGCCUCUUGGAUGGCUGGAUUCCUGGCACCUGUCCUUCUCAUGGUCCUCAUUUUUCGGUUAACAUUCUGUGCUGCCAAUGAAAUUGAUCACUUCUUCUGUGAUUUGAAGCCCAUCAUCAAGCUUGCCUGCACUGAUACACAAAUAGCUGAGACGACAUCCUUUAUAUGCACCUCUUUAUUUGCCCUUGGCCCCUUCCUACUCACCUUGGCUUCUUACAUUCAUAUUAUCACCACUAUUAUGAGGAUCCCCUCUACCACGGGAAAACAACGAGCCUUUUCUACCUGCUCUUCUCACCUGACAGUUGUCACACUAUAUUAUGGGACCCUGGGCAUAGUCUAUGGUUUUCCAUCAAGGCCUCAUUAUGAAGACCUAUUGAAGUUACUUUCCCUUCUGUAUACAGUGCUUACCCCUGCCCUAAAUCCUAUCAUUUACACUUUAAGGAAUAAGGAUGUAAAGGUAGCUUUGAGAAAAAUGUUGCAAUAA